AACUAGAAGUAAGCUUUUGUGGGUACUAGUGGAGCUCAGGGGCUGCUGGCGGUACAGCUACUAAUCAUGGUGGAGUUGUAGUCUUAUGCCAACCAAAGGGAUACCUGAUUUUAUAUUACAUACCUGCUGUCCUAGAUAUCACCUACCCCGCACCGGGAAGCCUGUAAGGCCGUAAGAAUAGGUAAGGAUUCAUAGGUAAGCAUGACCGGUGUGGCAGAUAUAUUCCCGAUGACGAUCGUAGUUUCAUGCUCGCAAUAUAGCUUACAAAAGAAUUAUUAACAACACCCCAGGAAGACUGUACCUUAACGAUACUCCCUAUGGCCGAGCAUUACCAGCUUAUCUAUUAUACGGGGGUUCCGGGGCGCGGUGAGCAUAUCCGGCUGGCCUUCGAGGAAGCCGGUGCUUCGUACGUAGACACUGCAGCUCUCCCUAUCGAGAAAUGCCGGGAGACCGUCACGGCUUAUCUUAACGAUAAUUAUCGAGGCGAGCAAGGCAACCCGCCUUAUUACGCCCCUCCCCUCCUAAAGCACGGACACCUCGUCAUCUCCCAAACAAGCAAUAUCCUCAUGUACCUUGGCCCUAAACUCCGACUUGCCGGAUCCCGAGAGAACGAUAUUUACCGGAUCAAUGCCCAUGCUCUUACUGCAUUAGACGGCUUGAGCAAUGAAGUACACGACUGUCACCAUCCCAUUGGCGUCGAAUUGUACUACGAAGAGCAGAGGGAGGAGAGCUUGAGGCGUAGUAAAGAAUGGAUCAAGAACCGCCUCCCUAAGCAUCUUUCGUACUGGGAGAAGGUAUUGAAGAGCGACGAGUGCGGCCAAGGCCCCUGGCUAAUGGGAAGCACAUUCACCUACGCAGACCUAGUCUUAUUUCAGGCAAGCUCCCCUCUCCUCUCCCCCCUUUCAAGACAAUCCCGUAUCUGGCACCCCUACCUGAUAUCAUUCUCCAUAUUGCAGCAUAUUUGUCGGAGAUUUCUACUACUAGUUAGCUAAUUUUCUGGAAUAGUGUGUCGACGGCGUCCGAUUCGCUUUUCCUAAAGCAAUGAACCAGGCCAGGGAAUCCGGCAAAUACGAUCGAGUCUUCGGGCUAUGGGAGGCAGUCAAGGCCCGACCGAACGUAGCUGCCUAUCUUUCUAGCGACAGGAGACAGAAAUAUGAUUGGGGCAUUUAUCGGUAUUACCCGGAGAAUGAUGUGGUUACCGAAUAGCAUUUGCGGGUACCUAUGUUGUUGGAAUAUACAGAAAAAUGAUAAGUAUCGCGAAAAAAUAAUAUGACUAAAAAAGAAG